GUAGACCAUUUACAUUGCAGCGUAUAAGAGAAGAUUAGCCAAAGAGGCAGAGGGGGAACCUUUGUUUUGUUUCUUUUGCCUCUUCUUCAAGAAAAUCAAAAAUUUAGAAAGAAAAAAAAGAGUCUACGUUCGGUAAAUAUUUACUAACUCGGAUAUGGAGGGUAACUUUGUCGUUUCACGGCGGAUGAUUGACGCUUUUGAUGUUUCGCCGUCUGAUUCCGAAGAAGCUCACGUUCUGGCCGUUGACGACAGCCUCGUUGAUCGGAAGGUCAUUGAGCGAUUGCUUAAAAUUUCUUCUUUCAAAGUGACGGCCGUGGAUAGUGGAAGGAGAGCCCUGCAAUUCCUGGGGCUGGACGAGGAGAAGAGCGCCUCCGUUGGUUUUGAUGGCUUGAAGGUGGAUCUGAUCAUCACAGACUACUGUAUGCCUGGAAUGACUGGAUACGAGUUGCUCAAGAAAAUCAAGGAAUCCUCUACAUUCAGAGAGAUUCCGGUGGUGAUUAUGUCGUCUGAGAACGUCUUAGCGCGUAUUGACAGAUGUUUGGAGGAAGGGGCAGAGGAUUUCAUAGUGAAGCCGGUGAAGUUAUCGGACGUGAAGCGGUUGAAGGAUUACAUGAUGAGAGAGGACGGAGUUGGAAGUGAGAGUAGUAGAGGAGGGAUCAACAAGAGAAAGCUACAAGAUUGUUGCGAUCUGAGUUCAUCAGAACCGUCCAUUUCAUCAUCACCGUCAUCUUCUUCAUCAGAAUCGCCAUCACGGUCGCCUACAUCGUCGUCAUCAGCACCGUCUAUUCCCACACCUUUAGAUUCUCCAAUCAGACGGCUUAAAAUGACCACCACCGAUUUGAUUGAUUAAGAUCGUGCACACCUCUCACAAUCUACAGUUGGAAAUCCUGCAAUCUCUGCAAUUACUUUUUUUUGUUUUGUUUUUUUUUUACUUAUUUUGGUAAAAACUGCAAUUAUCCGUUACGUGUAACGGUUUUUUGUUGCA